UAAACUUUCUUAAUCUUGUUCGUGGACAGCGUAAUUUAUAUGUUUUGUAAAAAAAUAGUCGUAAUUUCCACGUUUACAUAAUCGAUGACUUCGCUUCUGGGAACGAAAGAAGUCGUUUAAACAAUUAGAAAUGUUUUAAUAGGGGACGAGAAAUUUAACGUUGAAAACGAUACUCGCGGGACGAGGAAUUUUGAGGUUAUAAAGCAACAGGGUAAAGAAUUACGCCGAAAUGAAUAUCGAUGAGAAUUGGCUGAAUUACGCUGACAAGAAGAACCCGAAGACUAAGUCUACGAAACAAUUGGACAGUCAUAUUAAUAAGAUUCAAGAUGUGAAGGCUCAGUUAAACGCUGGGAAAUAUCGGCAAAGGAGACGAGGUGUAUCUCUUGCACAAUUUCUAAGAGCAGAAUUAACAAGAGGUUAUCAAUUAGAAAACGACGAGGAAAGUUUCUCUGCAAGAAGAGAGAAACUUUAUUCAUUUUUGAAAAUUCCAAAGGAAGUUGAAAAAUUUAUGGCCUAUGGGUUUUUACAAUGUGCAGAUUCUUUUCUAUUUGUUUAUACAUUUUUACCGUUAAGAUUUAUGAUGGCACUAUGGACAGUAGUUACAAGACCCCUCUGGCACCGUCUUGGAAAGAAGAGGGAUUUAAGAGUUGGAGAACGAUGUCUAAGACCGGCAGAGAUGUGCGACCUUUUAAAAGGAAUUGUGGUAGUUACCUGUUGGGCAGCUACAUGGAAGGUUGACACCUCUAUGAUGUACCAUUUGGUCAAGAGUCAGUCUGUGAUAAAAUUGUAUAUAUUUUAUAAUAUGCUGGAAGUUGGUGAUAGAUUAUGCAGCGUCUUUGGACAAGAUAUAAUAGACGCCCUUUUUUGGACAGCUACAGAGCCUAAAUCAAAGUCACAAGCAAGAUCUCAACAAUUGGGCAUCCUACCUCAUCUACUGUUUGCUUUUACCUAUGUUUUAUUACAUAGUAUAUUGGUGCUUUUUCAAGCAACAACUUUGAACGUUGCUAUAAACAGUAGCAACAAGGCUCUGCUGACUAUAAUGAUGUCUAAUAAUUUUGUAGAAUUAAAAGGUUCUGUCUUUAAAAAAUUUGACAAGAACAAUCUCUUUCAACUGUCUUGUGCAGACGUAAGGGAACGUUUUCAUUUAAUGAUGCUGCUUCUUGCUGUAAAUCUUCAAACAAUGAAGGAAUAUGCAUGGAAAGCUGAACGACUUGCAGUACUUCUACCAGAUUGUAUACUACUGCUCUUUGCUGAAAUCCUUGUAGAUUGGGUUAAGCACGCCUUUAUAACUCGUUUCAACGAGCUCAAUUCAACAGUAUACAGAGAUUAUACUAUUAAAGUAGCCUACGACAUGGCUCAGACUCGCCAGGAGACUGCCUUCUCCGACCCAUCGGAUGUGGUAGCCCGUAGGAUGGGUUUUAUUCCUCUUCCUCUGGGAGUGGCGAUAGGAAGAGUACUUUGUACAACCAUUACACCACCUGUCCAACCAGCUAACAUAAUUUUGUUGCUUCUAGCCUAUUUUAUCUUAGUAACAUUCAAGAUAUUAAAUAGUUUGAUAAUUCUCGGCAAAGCGUGCGAUGUGAUUUUGUCACAUUCCAAAAAAUCAGACCACGAAGUAACGUACAAUUGUAUGGAAUAGUAUUCCGAUGUACAAGUAAAUCAAAAAAACGAUA